CAUUUGGGCCACGCCGGGCCGGCCGCAGAGGCUGGGCGGUCACAGCGAGGGGCGCGCAGUUUGGGGUCACACAGCUCCGCUUCUAGGCCCCAACUACCGUUAAAGGGGGAAGCCCGUGCCCCAUCCAGGUCCGCUCUUGCUGAGCCCAGAGCCAUCCCGCGCUCUGCGGGCUGGGAGGCCCGGGCCAGGACGCGAGUCCCGCGCAGCCGAGGUUCCCCAGCGCCCCCUGCAGCCGCGCGUAGGCGGAGACGGAGCCCGGCCCUGCGCCUCCGCACCACGCCCGGGACCCCACCCAGCGGCCCGUACCCGGAGAAGCAGCGCGAGCACCCGAAGCUCCCGGCCGGCGGCAGAAACCGGGAGUGGGGCCGGGCGAGUGCGCGGCAUCCCAGGCCAGCCCGAUCGCUCCGCCCGCGGUGGGCCGACUUCCCCUCCUCUUCCCUCUCUCCUUCCUUUAGCCCGCUGGCGCCGGACACGCUGCGCCUCAUCUCUUGGGGCGUUCUUCCCCGUUGGCCAACCGUCGCAUCCCGUGCAACUCUGGGGUAGUGGCCGUUUAGUGUUGAAUGUUCCCCACCGAGAGCGCAUGGCUUGGGAAGCGAGGCGCGAACCCGGCCCCCGAAGGGCCGCCGUCCGGGAGACGGUGAUGCUGUUGCUGUGCCUGGGGGUCCCGACCGGCUGCCCCUACAACGUGGACACUGAGAGCGCGCUGCUUUACCAGGGCCCCCCCAACACGCUGUUCGGCUACUCCGUCGUGCUGCACAGCCACGGGGCGAACCGAUGGCUCUUAGUGGGUGCGCCCACUGCCAACUGGCUCGCCAACGCUUCAGUGAUCAAUCCCGGGGCGAUUUACAGAUGCAGGAUCGGAAAGAAUCCCGGCCAGACGUGCGAACAGCUCCAGCUGGGUAGCCCUAAUGGAGAACCUUGUGGAAAGACUUGUUUGGAAGAGAGAGACAAUCAGUGGUUGGGGGUCACACUUUCCAGACAGCCAGGAGAAAAUGGAUCCAUUGUGACUUGUGGGCAUAGAUGGAAAAAUAUAUUUUACAUAAAGAAUGAAAAUAAGCUCCCCACUGGUGGUUGCUAUGGAAUGCCCCCUGAUUUACGAACAGAACUGAGUAAAAGAAUAGCUCCAUGUUAUCAAGAUUAUGUGAAAAAAUUUGGAGAAAAUUUUGCAUCAUGUCAAGCUGGAAUAUCUAGUUUUUACACAAAGGAUUUAAUUGUGAUGGGAGCCCCAGGAUCAUCUUAUUGGACUGGCUCUCUUUUUGUCUACAAUAUAACUACAAAUAAGUACAAGGCUUUUUUAGACAAACAAAAUCAAGUAAAAUUUGGAAGUUAUUUAGGAUAUUCGGUUGGAGCUGGUCAUUUUCGGAGCCAGCAUACUACCGAAGUAGUUGGAGGAGCUCCUCAACAUGAGCAGAUUGGUAAAGCAUAUAUAUUCAGCAUUGAUGAAAAAGAACUAAAUAUCUUACAUGAAAUGAAAGGUAAAAAGCUUGGAUCGUACUUUGGAGCUUCUGUGUGUGCUGUGGACCUCAACGCAGAUGGCUUCUCAGAUCUGCUCGUGGGAGCACCCAUGCAGAGCACCAUCAGAGAGGAAGGAAGAGUGUUUGUGUACAUCAACUCUGGCUCGGGAGCAGUAAUGAAUGCAAUGGAAAUAAACCUCGUUGGAAGUGACAAAUAUGCUGCAAGAUUUGGGGAAUCUAUAGUUAAUCUUGGCGACAUUGACAAUGAUGGCUUUGAAGAUGUUGCUAUCGGAGCUCCACAGGAAGAUGACUUGCGAGGUGCUAUUUAUAUUUACAAUGGCCGUGCAGAUGGGAUCUCAUCAACCUUCUCACAGAGAAUUGAAGGACUUCAGAUCAGCAAAUCGUUAAGUAUGUUUGGACAGUCUAUAUCAGGACAAAUUGAUGCAGAUAAUAAUGGUUAUGUAGAUGUAGCAGUUGGUGCUUUUCGGUCUGAUUCUGCUGUGUUGCUAAGGACAAGACCUGUAGUAAUUGUUGAAGCUUCUUUAAGCCACCCUGAGUCAGUAAAUAGAACGAAAUUUGACUGUGUUGAAAAUGGAUGGCCUUCUGUGUGCAUGGAUCUAACACUUUGUUUCUCAUAUAAGGGCAAGGAAGUUCCAGGUUACAUUGUUUUGUUUUAUAACAUGAGUUUGGAUGUGAACAGAAAGGCAGAGUCUCCACCAAGAUUCUAUUUUUCUUCUAAUGGAACUUCUGACGUGAUUACAGGAAGCAUACAAGUGUCCAGCAGAGUAGCUAACUGUAGAACACAUCGAGCAUUUAUGCGGAAAGAUGUGCGGGACAUCCUCACCCCAAUUCAGAUUGAAGCUGCUUACCACCUUGGUCCUCAUGUCAUCAGUAAACGAAGUACAGAGGAAUUCCCACCGCUUCAGCCAAUUCUUCAGCAGAAGAAAGAAAAAGACAUAAUUAAAAAAACAAUAAACUUUGCAAGGUUUUGUGCCCAUGAAAAUUGUUCUGCUGAUUUACAGGUUUCUGCAAAGAUUGGGUUUUUGAAGCCCCAUGAAAAUAAAACGUAUCUUGCUGUUGGGAGUAUGAAGACAUUAAUGUUGAAUGUGUCCUUGUUUAAUGCUGGAGAUGAUGCAUAUGAAACGACUCUACAUGUCAAACUACCCGUGGGUCUUUAUUUCAUUAAGAUUUUAGAGCUGGAAGAUAAGCAAAUAAACUGUGAAGUCACAGAUAACUCUGGCAUGGUACAACUUGACUGCAGUAUUGGCUAUAUAUAUGUAGAUCAUCUCUCAAGCAUAGAUAUUAGCUUUCUCCUGGAUGUGAGCUCACUCAGCAGAGCAGAAGAGGACCUCAAUAUCACAGUGCAUGCUACCUGUGAAAAUGAAGGGGAAAUGGACAAUCUAAAGCACAGCAGAGUCACUGUAGCAAUACCUUUAAAAUAUGAGGUUAAGCUGACUGUUCAUGGGUUUGUAAACCCAACUUCAUUUGUGUAUGGAUCAAAUGAUGAAAAUGAGCCUGAAACGUGCAUGGUGGAGAAAAUGAACUUAACUUUCCAUGUUAUCAACACUGGCAAUAGCAUGGCUCCCAAUGUUAGUGUGGAAAUAAUGGUACCAAAUUCUUUUAGCCCCCAAACUGAUAAGCUGUUCAACAUUUUGGAUGUCCAGACUACUACUGGAGAAUGCCACUUUGAAAAUUAUCAAAGAGUGUGUGCAUUAGAGCAGCAAAAGAGUGCAAUGCAGACCUUGAAAGGCAUAGUCCAGUUCUUGUCCAAGACUGAUAAGAGGCUAUUGUACUGCAUAAAAGCUGAUCCACAUUGUUUAAAUUUCCUGUGUAAUUUUGGGAAAAUGGAAAGUGGAAAAGAAGCCAGUGUUCAUAUCCAAUUGGAAGGCCGGCCAACCAUUUUAGAAAUGGAUGAGACUUCAGCACUCAAGUUUGAAAUAAGAGCAACAGGUUUUCCAGAGCCAAAUCCAAGAGUUAUUGAACUAAACAAGGAUGAGAAUGUUGUGCAUGUUCUACUGGAAGGACUACAUCAUCAAAGACCUAAACGUUAUUUCACCAUAGUGAUUAUUUCAAGUAGCUUGCUACUUGGACUUAUUGUACUUCUGUUGAUCUCAUAUGUCAUGUGGAAGGCCGGCUUCUUUAAAAGACAAUACAAAUCUAUCCUACAAGAAGAAAACAGAAGAGACAGUUGGAGUUAUAUCAACAGUAAAAGCAAUGAUGAUUAAGGACUUCUUUCAAAUUGAGAGAAUGGAAAACAGACUCAGGUUGUAGUAAAGAAAUUUAAGAGACACUGUUUACAAGAAAAAAUGAAUUUUGUUCGGACUUCUUUUACUCAUGAUCUUGUGACAUAUUAUGUCUUCAUGCAAGGGGAAAAUCUCAGCAAUGAUUACUCUUUGAGAUAGAAGAACUGCAAAGGUAAUAAUACAGCCAAAGAUAAUCUCUCAGCUUUUAAAUGGGUAGAGAAACACUAAAGCAUUCAAUUUAUUCAAGAAAAGUAAACCCUUGAAGAUAUCUUGAAAUGAAAGUAUAACUGAGUUAAAUUAUACUGGAGAAGUCUUAGACUUGAAAUACUACUUACCCUAUGUGCUUGCCUCGGUAAAAUGAACCCCACUGGGUGGGCAGAGGUUCAUUUCAAAUACAUCUUUGAUACUUGUUCUUUAAAAAUAUAAUUUUUUAGAGAGCUGUUCCCAAAUUUUCUAAUGAGUAGAAGUGGACCAUUAUCACUUUAAAGCCCUUUAUUUAUAAUACAUUUCCUAUGGGCUUUGUUCCAACAACCAUUUUUUUCAGCAGACUAUGAAUAUUAUAGGCCUAAUUGGCAAACUUCAGACUGAACAUGCACACUGGUUUGAGCUUAGUGAAAUGACUUCUGGAUAAUUAUUUUUUUAUACAGCUAUGGAUUUCCCCAUCUUUCUGUAUAUAUACACAUGUGUUUUUAUGUAGGUAUAUAUUUACCAUUCUUCCUAUAACACACCUUUAUCAAGCAUACCCAGGAGUAAAUAGUUAAGAACCAUCUUCAAAUCUUUUGUUAUAAAAUAUUUGAAUUUAUAUUCUGAAACAAAAGAUUGUGAGUGUUGCACUUUACCUGAUAUACACUGAUUUUAAAAAUACAGAAACCAUACCUCACUAAUAACUUUAAAAUCAAAGCUGUGCAAAGACUAGGGGGCCUAUACUUCAUACAUAUUAUGUACAUAUUAUGUACUAUGUAAAAUAUUGACUGUCACACAAAUAUUUGCUUGGAUGUAAUUCUUUGUUACUCUUUACAAAUCAUGGAAAUGAAGAAACAAAAUUCAUAAAUUUAGCUGAAAGAUACUGAUUCAAUUUGUAUACAGUGAAUAUAAAUAAGACAUCAAAAUUUUCAUGAAAUGUUAAGUGACAGGUAAAAUAUUUUUAUAGUUUGUUCAUACUAUAUGAGGUUCUAUUUUAAAUGACUUUCUGGAUUUUAAAUAAUUUCUUUAAAUACAAUCAUGUUUGUAAUAUUUAUUUUAUGCUUAUGAUCUAGAUAAUUGCAGAAUAUAAUUUUAUCUGACUCUGUCUUCACAAGAGAGCUGUAGCCGAAUUUUGAACAUCUGUUAUAGGAAGUGAUCAAAUUAGAAGGCAAUUUGGAAAAACAAUUCUGGAAAAGAUUUCUUUAUAUGAAGUCCCUGCCACUAGCCAGUCAUCCUAAUUGAUGAAAGUUCUGUUCACAGGCCUGCAGUGAUGGUGAGGAAUGUUCUGAGAUUUGUGAAGGCAUUUGAGUAGUGAAACACAAGCACAAAACCUCCUGAAUCCAGAGUGUGUAUACACAGGAAUAAACUUUAUAUCAUUAUAAAAAGGCUAGUCCUUCUUUCAGGAGAACAUCUAGGAUCAUAGAUGAAAAAUCAAGCCCCGAUUCAGAACUGUCUUCUCCAGGAUGGUCUCUAAAGAAAUUUAAAUUUGGUUCUUUCCUACUCAGAAACAACUAUAUAUUUCAGGUUAUUUGAGUACAGUGAAAGCAGAGUACCUAUGAUUGUCCAACACAGGCCUCUCAGAUACAAGGGGAACACAAUUACAUAUUGGGCUAGAUUUUGCCCAGUUCAAAAUAGUAUUUGUUAUCAACUUUGUUACGUAUGAUGAAUUUUAAAACCCUACCACUUUAAGAUGGGUUAUUCUUUUUGGGCAGGUAGACUAUAUAACUAACUGUGAUUUUGAAAUUUAACUGCUCUGGAUUAGGGAGCAGUAAAUCAAGGCAGACUUAUGAAAUCUGUAUUAUUUCAGAAUUAUCUAGGUUAAAUAUUGAUGUAUUAUGAUGGUUGCAAAGUUUUUUGUGUGUCCAAUAAACACAUUGUAAAAAACCA